UACAUAAUUGAUAUCGUUCUGUCUGUCGUCUACCGUCGUCAUAGGAAAUGUGCAUUUUGUUUAUUUUUUGCGUUGUCCGACUAAUAUGAUUUUCUUCUGCAAGUUAAUAUUCAUAAAUACUUAUAUAUUGCUUGAUGUUUCAUUAAAUCAUAAUCGAAGUUGACCCUCGCGAAUUCUACUUUUGAAUUUCGUGGUCGAGUGAAUACCAUUACUCAUUGCAUUCGAUUUCAUGAUUGUGGAGAACAUGGCCGACGAUUUCGACGUCGAAGCUUUGCUAGAAGCUCCUUUCAAGAAAGAAGUAAACGGCGAGCAACAGCCGCCACCAGAACCUACUUUUAACGAUGAAGAUAGAAACGGCGAUAAAUCGGAAGAUAAUAAAUUCAGAUUUGAAAGUUUUGAUGAGAUGAGACCAAAGGGUACUGUUGGAAGAACCCCGGGUUUUACUGUAUUGGAAGUGAAACCCAACGUUUACCAUGCGUUAUGCGAAAUUUGCAAUAAUGCAAUCACAAAUACCGCCAAAAAACGGCUUGAACAACAUAGACAAUUUUGUAUUCGUCGAAAUUCUGACCAAAACCAAACCCAAUCGAAUUCGAAUUCUAUGAUAAGAAGUACAACUAGCAGUAAUAGUAAUUCUAGUGAUGCCGCCCCAAGAUCAAAAAGAUCAAGAAGAGUUGUUAAUUAUGCCGCUGGAGAAGGAGAAUUGAUCAAUGAUUCGGAGAUCUUGGAUGAUCCGCCACCUCUACCUCAAACUCAAACGGCUCAAAAUCAUAAUAAUAAAGACGACGAUGACGACGAUGAUCAUGAUCGUGAUCCUGAUUACAACCCUUCUCUUGAUGAAUAUGACGGCAACAAUACGAUUGAAAGUAUGGAAGUUUUGUUUGCUGAGAAUGGAGAAGAAAUUAUGAGAAAUAUUUCAGUGCGGAGUUCUAAUCCACUUCCAUGUACUCCUCCGACAUCAGGUGAUGAAAGUCUGAGAUCGCAAUCUUCUCGAAAUCGUCGAAUGUUUGAUGUGUUCAACAGAGGUAAAUCUAAUAUAUCAUCGAAUUCAUCUUCAUCGUUAAAUGAUUCUUCACGUUCGCAAUCAAUAACUAGCGAAACUGAAAGUGGUUCAACAACUUCAAGUUCUGUUUCGCCAUCACCUGUACUUUCAAAAAGAAACAAAAAGCAGCAGUCUAUGCAAAGCUUUGCUGAUAAAGUAACGAAAGCUCAAAGUGAACGAAUCACUGCUGCGGUUGGAGACUUUUUUUUUGCAUGUAAUAUACCAUUUAACGUUGUAACCUCGAAAUAUUUUGAAAAUAUGAUCCGUGAAUUGCGACCUGGGUUCGUUCAGCAUAUACCUGGUCGCAAAAAAUUAUCAACUACUGUGUUGGAUGAUCGGUAUAAGCACCAUAUAGAAUCGGUGAAUGCAAAACGUCCAAAUGUACACGAAUCAGUUAUGUUAAUCGAUGGUUGGAAAAACUCUUCCAGCAAUGAAAAAACUGUCGUUACGAUGCUCCAUACUGUUGGUACCGAAAAUAUUUUUCUACAAGCUUUUGAUAUCACUGGUAGCUCCGAAACAGGUGUAAAACUUGAAAAAAUAGUGCAAGAAUCGGAAAAAAUUGCGAAUGAAAAAUUUGGAACAAAUGUGUAUGCUGUAUUAUCGGAUAACGCUUCGACCAUGAAGUUAAUGGGCAAUUUAACAGCUCUAUGGCAUUCGACUUGCAAGAGUCACACCGGUAAUCUCCUUGCUAAGGACCUAGUUGAUAAAGAUUUGAAAACAGAGAUGCUCGCCAUCAUCAGAGAAUUUAAACAACCUGAUUUCGAAAAUUAUAUAAUCAAGUUAGGCGGACUCAAGAUGAUUUCUCCUGGCGAUACACGUUGGUGUAGCUACCGAGAUGCAUACCGGCGCGUUAUAGUCAACCUACCUCAUAUGAAAAGAAUCAUGCUGGAUGGAAGCAACAUUGGCCUGAAAAAAACUGUGAAAGCGAAUGUUCAGAAACUUAUUAUAGACGAUGCAUUUAUUCAAAAAGUGAAAGACCAAAUCGAAUUGCUUAACCCAGUCUGUGAAGUUAUUAAUUUUUGUCAGAAGAAGGACUGUUCUUUAGCUGAUGGUACUAGUGCAUGGUUUAAUUUGAAACUACCUUCGAAGUAUGACAAUAAUGCUCAUGUUCAAAAUGUUUUGAAUCUCCGAAAAGCGAUGGCGUUAGAUGUAUAUUCGCAGACUGCUUAUUAUCUACAUCCGAAGUAUCAUGUUGAAGCUACCGAAAAAAUUGACACUGAUGAUUUUCCCAUUGUUCAAGAUUUCGUGAUAGAGAAUUUAGACGCCAAAGGUAUCGAAUCUUGGUCGAUGUUUAUUAAUAAAGAAUGUGUAUUUAAUACGUUGUUUUUAAAGAAAGUUGUCGAUCCAACUGCAUUUUGGACAGUUGCAGCUGCGAAGCACCCUAAUUUGUCGAAGUUUGCUUUAAAACUGUUAAGAAUGCCAGCUUCAACUGCACAGUUGGAAAGACUAUUCUCACAUUGGCAUGAUGUUCACAGCUUGAUUCGCAAUCGGCUGAAAUUUGAAAGAUCAAAAAAACUAGCAGCCAUUUAUUAUACAUUACGAAGUGUAGAUAAUUUAUUAUCUGAAGAAGAAUCUGAUUGUGAAAAUGAAAACGAAUCCGAAUGAUUGUGAAUUUGUGAAAACAAAUCGAAAUACUUAAUGAUAUUAAUGAAUAAAUUUUGAUUGACUUGACUGUAA